GCGUGGGCAGCAAUCAUCGAAUUCGAAUCCAACAUUCUCGUUUUUACUGGAAAAGGUUUAGGAAACAUGCAGAUCUUCGUGAAAACUCUUACCGGGAAAACCAUCACCCUUGAGGUCGAGAGUUCCGAUACGAUCGAUAAUGUCAAAGCUAAGAUCCAGGACAAGGAGGGGAUUCCUCCUGACCAGCAGAGGCUAAUCUUCGCCGGAAAACAGCUUGAGGAUGGCCGGACUCUGGCCGAUUACAAUAUCCAGAAGGAAUCAACCCUCCACCUGGUCCUCCGUCUCCGCGGCGGUAUGCAGAUCUUUGUCAAAACCUUAACCGGCAAGACUAUAACCCUUGAGGUUGAGAGCUCUGACACAAUCGAUAAUGUCAAAGCGAAGAUCCAGGACAAGGAGGGGAUUCCGCCCGAUCAACAGCGGCUAAUUUUUGCCGGGAAGCAGCUAGAGGACGGCCGGACUCUGGCUGAUUACAAUAUUCAAAAGGAAUCCACCCUCCACCUGGUCCUGCGUCUCCGCGGCGGUAUGCAGAUCUUCGUCAAAACCCUGACCGGGAAGACUAUCACGCUCGAGGUUGAGAGCUCUGACACAAUCGAUAAUGUCAAGGCCAAGAUUCAGGACAAGGAAGGAAUUCCUCCGGACCAGCAGCGUCUGAUUUUUGCCGGUAAGCAGCUGGAGGACGGCCGGACCCUAGCCGAUUACAAUAUCCAAAAGGAAUCCACUCUCCACCUGGUGCUUAGGCUUCGCGGAGGUAUGCAGAUUUUCGUCAAGACCCUUACAGGGAAAACAAUCACCCUUGAGGUGGAGAGCUCGGAUACGAUUGACAACGUGAAGGCCAAAAUCCAGGAUAAGGAAGGGAUUCCCCCGGACCAGCAGAGGCUCAUCUUCGCCGGAAAGCAGUUGGAGGACGGGAGGACCCUGACAGACUACAACAUUCAGAAAGAGUCCACCUUGCAUUUGGUCCUGCGUCUGAGGGGAGGGAUGCAGAUAUUCGUUAAGACUUUGACUGGGAAGACGAUUACUCUGGAGGUGGAGAACUCUGAUACAAUAGAUAAUGUGAAGGCGAAGAUUCAAGACAAGGAAGGCAUCCCACCGGAUCAACAAAGACUAAUCUUUGCUGGGAAGCAGCUAGAGGAUGGGCGCACUCUUGCUGAUUACAACAUUCAGAAGGAGUCUACCCUUCAUCUUGUUCUUCGUCUUCGUGGUGGUGAGCUCUGAGAUGGUUACUGAUAAUUGUUGCUGGUACAUGAGUGAUCUGGUUUUAAUUUCCUAUUUUUAGUAGUUGGGUUUUCUGCAAAGGACGAUCUUUGAUUAUGCUUAAUUAUGGCUUCAAAUAAAUAAAAGUUCAGUUCUUGU